ACCGUAACCGACAACUGAAAUAAAAUCAACACAAAUUCGCCACACAUCAUCAUUGACGCAACCGAGGAAAAAAACGUACAAACAUUGCACACACGCACGCCGACGCGAACGCACAGCAAACAAAUCACGCGUGCGGAGGGAAGCACACAAACGCAGAAUUGCAUUGCGGCGCUUAGUGUUUCGUGCAUAUUUGGUGUUGUUAUUAUUAUUAUAUUUUUGACAUUGUUUUUGGCUUGCUGCGCCGCAUACCGUGCACCGCAUUUUCGGUUGUGAUUUCUUGGCCACCAACGAGGUCGCUGUGUGAUUGCGGCAUCUAUUAACAUAACCUCUAAACGCAAACGAAUUUCGGUUUUGAGUGACAAACGGUCAGCAGGCCGCAAGUGAUGUAGUGGCCUAGUGAGUGUUGUGUUCAUACUAUUGUUGCAUAUGUGAAAAAAAUUAAUAUUGAACUUUUUGUGAGUUACGAGACAAGGCGGAGUCUGUUUAUGUGGAAAUUAAAAAAAAAAUUGCAUAAAAAAUCCGAUUUUCUACGCUAGUCAUUGGUGAUUGGCAACCGCUAACUUUGUCCAUUUAUUGUGGCCGCCUGAUACCAACACACUGUGGCAUCGUUUUUUCAGCCACAUUUCGUUUGAGAUUGCAGCAUGUUGUCAUAUUAGCGGCGGUGUAAACUGUUGAAUUUGAAAUAAAUUUUGAGGAAUGAUGAUCCUGAGUGAAGCAAGUGAAACAUUUGUGACAAGUGUUAAUUAUUAAGCAAUAUGUUACAAGUGAAUAUAUGGGUGUAAAAUGAAGUGAGUUCCUUUUUUCUGACGAAUGAAAUGUAUAAGAGCGGCCAAUGGUGUCACUAAAGUUUUUUUAUUGCUUUCACUGUCGAUGACGACGAGUGGUCAACCAAGAGAGACCCAUCAAUAAACAUAAGCAACUCCACCAACGGCUCCUCUAACUAACAUUUCCAUCGUCGCCGUGCUAAAAAGUAAAAUUUGCAAAAAUUGUCCGCCUCAAACAAGUCGCCUGCGGCCACAACCACUACAGAAUGCAUCUCACCACAACGACUAAUACCGUCGCCGCCAACAAUGCGGGCGCGACACAGAACAGCAGCAACAACACAAAUAAUUCCAGCUCAAAUAAUAAUGGCGGCAGCAAUAAUAAUAAUGCUACAAAUGGCAACAACAACAAUUCGAAUGAACAAAACACACCGCCAACAGCGGCUCAGCUGCUAAAUGAAGCCUACACAAAGAUGACGUCGGACAUAUUGGCGGAACGGACUUUGGGCGAUUUCCUUACCGAACAUCCCGGUGAGCUGAUACGCACAAGCAGUCCGUUGUUCGUCUGCACGGUGCUGCCGCCGCAUUGGCGCUCCAACAAGACGCUGCCGGUCGCCUUCAAAGUGGUGUCGCUGGGCGAUAUCAUGGACGGCACUAUGGUGACGGUACGAGCCGGCAAUGAUGAGAACUACUGCGCCGAGUUGCGGAAUUGUACGGCCGUUAUGAAGAAUCAAGUGGCGAAAUUCAAUGAUUUGAGAUUCGUCGGACGCAGCGGUAGAGGGAAGAGUUUCACACUCACAAUAACGGUAUCCACAAAUCCGCCACAUAUUGCCACCUACAACAAAGCGAUCAAAGUGACAGUGGAUGGACCGCGUGAGCCACGUUCAAAGACCAUGUUGUCGCUUUUAGGACAACAACAACAGUUCCAUUUCGCAUUCGGACAACGACCGUUCCAUUUCUCAGCCGAUCCAUUAUCGGGCUUUCGCAUGCCGCCAAUUGGGAAUUGUCAAAGUGCUGGCAAUACACAUUGGGGUUAUGGCUCAGCAUCCGCUUACUCACCCUACUUAGCUGGUAGCGGGCUUUCAUCCUGCACCACACCAACAUCGGCACAAUUUAACAAUCCAGCUUUGGGCUUCACCUGCUCCUCUAACGAUCAGUCAAACAAUCAGGACUUUACUGGCGGAACAAACCGGGAUUGUGUACCAAUGCUCCCCGACUCCACGGCAACCGAUUUGGAUCAGCACUUGAGUAAUUUGGUUGGCUCCACCACCGGACAGAUGACACACCAUAGUCUACUUGGCUCCAGCGGUCAAUCGGCGAUUUCUUCAACUGUCAACGGCGGCGUCGGCACAAAUUCAAUACUGGUGCCACGCUAUCACCACACCAACACCAACAACGAUUACAAUGUACACUCAAGUCAGAAUGGACCACGCAGCUUGAGCGACUCCUCGCAAGCCGAAUCGCCGGUUCAGGAAGAUCUACUCACUACGAAUACACCCAAUUUGGGGGGCGGUGGUGCCGGCGCUGGCAGCGGAGGUGGUGGCGGUGCCAAUGGUACGAACAACGGCAGUGCCAAUGGCAGCAGCGGCGCCGGCGGUGGCAGCGCAUCCAACUCAUCGGCGGCGAAUAACACGCUGGUCGGCGCCAAUCAAAACUUUCCCGGACUGGUUAAUCAGUCACAAAACCCGGCACACUAUGGCAGUGGAAGUGGUGCGGGCGUGGGUGUUGGCGUUGGAGGCGGUGGUGCAGGCACCGCUGGUGCCGGUUGCAAUGGUUCGCUAUAUCCCGUCUUGCCGGCUAGUCUACUCUACUCACAACUCUACACAGCCGCCAAUCAGACACACGGCUUUCAUUCGCAUGCGCUGACACCGUCACAUGCCUCACCGAACUCGUCUGUGCAUGGCGCCGAAUUACAAAGCGUUAUGGAUCAUAUCAACAAUGUGGGUGUCGGCGUAGGUGUGGGUGUGCGGCAGCAGCACAACAUCAUGACAGGCGGCGGUGUGACGCAUCCCGGCGAUUUGACGCUGAUCGGCAAUUGUGGCGCCUCGGUGCGCAACAUCGAAGACGGCAGCAAUACGCAACGGCAGGUGGCUGCCUUGGCGGCACACCGGGGACACCACACACCCACCGAUAAUGGGGGUAGCGUGUGGCGGCCAUAUUGAGGUCAGGUGCUCUGGUGCGGCUCGGCCGUCCUAUAGUGUUACGAGAACCUGGAGAGCGAGCGUGAGAGCGCCGGCGGCACCAGUGAACCGACAAAAUAUUGGUAUGGUUGAGGUGGGAGUGUGGUGAGUUAGUACUUAGAGUGGUGUAUUAAGUAAGUGAGCGUGAGCGAGAGUGCGUGGAAACUGAAGAAGCUGGAACGCCACACCAGAUUUGUGUAUAUUCUUAUGUAAAUAACUUAGUCGCCGACCUGAAGGUGAGCGCGUAACUUUUAAAUGUGACUUUGUAAACAUUUUAAUGCAUAAAAGAAAACUAGUCGAAUUUGUUUUAAAAUAUUAGCAUUAGCCAUAAAUAGUCAAGUUGUUUUUUAAGUAUUAUUUAAUUCAUAUUAAAAAGUCUACAAUUAAUAAACUCUAUUCGUAAGUCU